AUGGAGGAACAAAUGGAUCGCUUGGUCGAGAGGGCAUGGGACAAGUUUCUCGACACACCCAAGGAUCAAAGACUCUUGAUCGCCAUAGCAGGUAUCCCCGGCUCCGGAAAAACAACCCUCUCCCAAAUCCUCGCUCGCCGCCUUAAUCACCUGCACUACACCACUUCCCCCCUUGCUUCCAUGUCCCCAGACUUCGCCACCGCCCUCCCCAUGGACGGCUUCCACCUCACGCGCGCCCAACUGUCCGCCAUGCCCGACCCGGAACUCGCACACGCCCGACGCGGCGCGGAAUUUACUUUUGAUGGACAGGGGUUCUAUGAGUUGGUGAAGGAACUACGAAAGCCGGUGACUGUAGGAAAUACAACAACAACAACAACGGUGUGGGCGCCUAGUUUCGAUCAUGCGUUGAAGGAUCCGGUGGAGAAAGGGAUCGAAGUCAGACCGGAGGUGAGGGUGGUGGUUUUUGAGGGGAAUUAUCUCCUACUGAACCAAAAACCCUGGUCUGAUGCUGCCAAACUGAUGGACCUCAAGUUCUUUGUCAGAGUGCCGUUCCCUGUUGCCAGGAAACGGUUGAUCAAGAGGCAUCUGGCUGCUGGGAUUGCGGCCACAGAGGAGGAGGCGGAUAAGAGGGCGGUGGAGAAUGAUUUGGUCAAUGGGGCUCUGAUUGAGGAGUUGUUGAGGGAGGAUGAGGUGGAUGAGGUUGUGGAGAGCUUGGAGGAUGGGAAGUGGGUGCACACUUAGGCAGUGAGUGACGAAAGUGACGAAAGUGAGAGUGAGAGUUACUGGUAUGAGAGUGACACGAGUGAUAGUGGGUAUGAGGCGGGGAGUGAGAGUGAGUGGCGGACCAAGACAAAAUGGAGAGGGAGACGGAGACAGAGAGAUUAAGUUGAUGGAGGAAGCUGUACCAAAGUAGGGAGGCAAGUUUGAGGGUUUGUAGCG